GAGCAGCAGUUUCAAUGCACACCUCAUCGCGAAGAAGUGAACGAAGAUGUUCGCGAAAUAUUGGAAAAAAAACCAUGAAAAACGCGGCUGCAAGUCGGAAACCAAGAAAACAAAGACGCAAUGGCUGUGGACGUGGACAUGCGCGGUUUUGUCCUGCAUUUUAGCUUUAAUACUGGUGACCGCCGUGGUAGAGUCCACUCUGUAUCUCACUCGUUACGCGGACGCAUUGGUUAUCCCGGAAAUUCCGAACUCGUCGAUCAAACGUGUCACAGUACCUACGACCGACGUGCGUUUUGUCCAGAGGGACGAAUGGGGCGCUCAAUCGCCCUCGGAGCCGUUGGUAAGGUUGAAACUGCCGGUGCCCUACGUGAUCAUCAGUCAUACUGCCACGGAAUUCUGCACGACACAGUCGGAAUGCACGAUGCACGUAAGAUUCGCGCAGACCUUUCACAUUGAGUCGAGGAAGUGGUCGGACAUUAGCUACAACUUUCUGGUCGGCGGCGACGGUCUCGCGUACGUCGGCCGAAGCUGGGACUACGUUGGUGCUCAUGCCUUCGGCUUCAACAGUCGCAGCAUCGGCAUUUCUUUCAUCGGCACCUUCAACUCGAUUAUACCGCCGGAAGUGCAGCUGCAAGCUGCGCGGAAGAUCAUCGAGAAAGGCAUUGAACUCGGGAAGAUCGCGCCCGAUUACAAGCUCUUGGGCCACCGGCAAAUCGCAAAGACCCUGAGCCCCGGAGACGCUCUGUACAACAUCCUGAAGACGUGGCCGCAUUGGGCACCCGAACCUUGACUUGAUAGAGCGCGCGAACUCCCUGCUCCGUGAUAGGUCCAAAUCGCGAAGCGAUUCUCUUCAGAUUAUUUUCGGAUUUAUUUCAAAAUGAUAUGUGAUUUAAUAUGAUGGUUUGUUCGGUGGAAACACGACGCCGGCUGGUGAAUUCCAAUAAUAAUUGAUCGUGGAAAUAAUUUUCCAUUAAGCAUCCCGGAAAUUAUCAAGUAACAGCAACAGUAUAUCAAUAUUAUAAUUUCCCAUUCAACAAUAUGAGUGCCACGAUUGACGCAUGUUGUAUAGAAUAUAUUUACAUUGUUGAGCAGGAAGUCAGAACGCUGAUUUAAUGUUACCGUUAUUCGAUAUUUCAGACAGUAUAAGAUAUUCCUAAAUCAUUCAGAAUAUGUCCAGGGUUUCUUGAGGAAUAUCUUAGAAAUCAUUCCUGAGGUCAUUCUGGACGUGUUUGAUGUUACAAUAUUCGGCGUAAUAAUGCAGCUGUUAUGUGUAAUAUGUGUAUUUAUGUUAUUGAGUAGGAAAUUAUAAUGUUGUUGUGAUGUUACUAGUGCUUGAUGUUUAUUGAGCUGAGUUUACGAUUAACGUCGUGAGAAAAUGUCACGUUUUUUUUUUCUUCGAACAUAUGGGAGGCGUUGAAAUUGAUUAAUCAGCAGGAGUUAUUGCAGAAUCACGAAAGACGACGCGUUGAAUUUCGGAAUAACAAACGUGGCGGAUGCGAAUUGUGUCUUCUUGGUGAAAACUCCAGCGCGAUAAAUUUCACGUAGAUGACUGAAUAAAUUGAUAUAAAAAAGUCGAAAGCACGGAAGGACAGAGCAAUCUUCACUUUGGAGUCAUUGUAAGAUGACACAGUUACAACAAUCUGAUUGAAUUUACUAUAUGUUGAGAAAUGAAAGGAUGCCAAUGUGACAAUUAUUACAUUUUAUAGUAUGCGCGAACCAUCGGUCUUGUAAAAAGUACAUAUGUACAAUCUCUGGAAAUUAUAUGAACGUAAUCUUGGCACACCUUGUAUAUACUAUAUGAAAAAAAUAACGAAUAUAAUGUAGAUCUGUCGAACGUAAAUUCUUCUAAUUAAUUUUUACCAAAGAAUGUGAUGUAUAAUUUUUAAUAAAGAAACGUAAUUUCAUAUGGAA